AUGACAGAGGCCUUGGAACAAACGCCUCUCAUACCUCGUGGCCCUUCGGACAAGGAAAAGAAGUAUGAUCGCCAGCUCAGGUUGUGGGCUGCUUCGGGCCAGGCAGCGUUGGAAUCGGCAAAUCUCCUUCUAAUCAACUCGGGAGCCGGCACAGCUGGCGUUGAAACGCUGAAGAACCUUGUCUUACCCGGUAUUGGUAAAUUUACUAUUGCCGACGACGCCGUUGUCCAGGAUGUGGACUUGGGCGUCAACUUUUUCCUAGACGAAUCAUGUCUCGGCAAAUCGAGAGCUCAGUGCUGCACAGAGCUGCUUCUCGAGCUUAACCCAGAGGUGGAUGGAGUAUGGAACUCUACCGAUUCCGCCAGUCUUCAGCAGCUGCUGGACGCAUCGGAGGCAUUCACCAUGAUCAUAUAUAGCCUUCCUUUGCAACCGGGAAUGCUCGAAGCCAUUGAGGCAUACGGCCGUCAGCAUCGGACGCCACUUGUAGCCAUCCACUCAGUGGGUUUCUACUCCUACUUCCGGAUCACACUACCCGGCACAUUUCCCAUCGUGGACACUCACCCCGACGAAACUGCAACGACAGAUCUGAGACUCCUAGCCCCUUGGCCAGAGCUAUCUGCAUUUUCAAAUGAAAUGACUAAGGACAUUGAUAAUCUGGACCACCACGAACAUGGCCAUCUUCCCAUGGUCGUGAUUUUGCUUCACUACCUUGAUGUCUGGAAGCAGGAGCACGACGGUGCUUACCCAACUUCAUACGAAGAAAAGACGGAAUUUCGCCAACUCAUAUCCAAUGCCACAAGGCGAGACAACCCAGAAGGAGGAGAAGAGAACUUUGAUGAGGCUUUUGCAGCCGUGAUGAAGCAUGUUUCUCUGCCACCAGUCCCUUCCUCGCUUAAGCAGGUCUUUGAUUACGAGCACAAGGAUGAACAAGAGUCCAAGUCCAGUUUCUGGAUUAUUGCCGAGGCCUUGAAGCAAUUUUAUACCGAACAUCAAUGCCUGCCCGUGACUGGUAGCCUGCCUGAUAUGAAAGCGCAAUCUAGUGUCUACAUAAAGCUGCAGAACGUCUACAAGGACAAAGCUAGACAAGAUGUAAACGACGUCUUGGCCAGAGUCCACAAAUUAUCGGGAGGUGAAAAUAUCCGCUUGGCGGAAGUAGAGCUUUUUUGUAAAAACGCUCGCUUCAUUAAGCUUAUCAAUACCACGGGAGAUGCACCGCCAAGCAUGACGGAGAUCAUCGAACUAGAGCUAGGAAGGGAUGAGAUCGCUGCCAUUGCCGGACCGGAAGUGCCAACAUCGCUGAUCCCUAUCUACCUUGCCUUGAGCGCGUCAUCACAUGCAUCAGCAGCAUCUGCUGAUGAGAUUAUCACUGCAGUCUGUCAAAAAGCACCCGCUCUUGAGGGCAAUGAGCGCUUGACUCAAGUGGCUCAGGAAUUAUCGCGAGCAGCUGGCGGGGAGCUCCACAACAUCUCUGCCGUCAUUGGGGGGAUGGUGGCCCAAGAGGUGAUUAAAAUCAUUACCAACCAAUAUGUUCCCAUUGAGAAUACCUGUAUAUUUGACGGGAUUGAGAGUCGAUGCCAAGUUUUGCGGUUAUAA